AUGAAAAAAAUCAUAACCUCUUCCACAACACCUCGAUGGAAGCAUGAUGUUUUCCUUAGUUUCUAUGGUAAAGACACUCGCAAGAGUUUUACGGAUCAUCUAUAUGUUGGUUUAAAACGGAAAGGCAUUCUCGUCUUCAAGGAUGGUGAAACACUCAAGCGAGGAGAAUUCAUUUCUAAAGAGCUUUUGAAAGCAAUUCGAGAAUCCAUAUACGCAAUCAUCAUUAUUUCGAAAAACUAUGCGUCUUCCAAAUGGUGCCUCAUGGAACUUGCCGCGAUCGUUGAAUGGGCUAAGAAGACGGAGCUCACAAUUUUGCCCAUUUUCUAUCAUGUGAAUCCUUCUGAUAUAAGAAAUCUGACAGGGUCUUUUGAAAAAGCUUUCGCUGCCCAUAAAAACAACCUCGAGGUUGGCGUCAAGAAGAUGCAGAAGUGGAAAAAUGAUUUCCGAGAAGUCGGCAAUAUUGCAGGAUGGGUUGUACAUGACAGUUACGAAUCAGCGUUGAUCCAAGAAAUUAGUGGAAAUAUAUCUCGUAAGUUGAAUUGUAGAUUCUCCCGUCAUGAUUACGAGAAAUUUGUUGCUAUUAACUCUCGUGUAGAAGAAAUGCUGAACUUAAUGGAUAUGGAAUCGAAUGAUGUUCGCUUCAUAGGAAUUCAUGGGAUGGGUGGCGUUGGUAAAACAACUCUGGCCGAAAUAAUUUAUGAUAGAAUUUCUUGUCAAUUUGAAGGAAGUAGCUUUAUUUCUUGUAUUAGAGAAGAAUCUAGAGCUCGUGGUCUAGCUUCUUUACAAAAACAACUUCUUUCUAUGAUCAUGCAAGAAGAAACACAUAUAUGGGAUCAUCACCAGGGAAUCAAGGUGAUAAGGAGCAUGCUGCGGAAUAAAAAGGUUCUUAUCAUCCUUGAUGACGUGGAUAGUGAAAAACAACUAAUGGCAUUAUCAGGGAGUCCGGAUUGGUUUGGUCCAGGGACUAGGAUGAUUAUAACAUGUAGAGAUAGUCAUCUGUUGAGAACACAUGAAGUGAAUGAUAUCUAUAAGGUUGAGCAGCUUCAAACUGAUGAAGCAUUGCAACUCUUUAGUUUGUCGGCCUUCAAGAAAACCCAACCUACAGAGAAUUACAAGGAUCUAUCUAUGGAUUUUGUGAAUUAUGCUCAAGGCCUUCCUUUAGCUCUUAAAGUUUUGGGUUCCUUCUUAUUUGGGAGAACGAUAGUUGCCUGGAGAAGUGCUAGGGAUCAACUAGAGGCAAUUCCUAAUAAAGAAAUUAUGAAUAUACUUCAAAUAAGUUUUGAGGGGCUGGAGGAUUUGCAGAAAGAGUUGUUCUUGGAUAUGGCAUGUUUGUUCCAACGACACAGGCUAGAUAACAUGUUUUUGCAGACAUUAGAAAGUUUUGGUUAUUAUCCCGCCAUCAACAUUGACGUUCUCGUAGACAAGUCCCUCCUAAUCAUCUCAGAUGGAAUGUUGUUCAUGCAUGAUUUGCUUAAAACAAUGGGCAAGGAAAUGGUUCGUCGCGAAUGUCUUGAAGAACCUGGACGACGCAGUAGACUGUGUCGUCAAGAAGAUAUCUUCCAUGUAUUGAAGAAUAAUACGGGAACUGAAGCAAUUGAAGGCAUAGUCCUGGAUUUUUGUCCUAAAACCAAACAUAGAUUCAAUGCCAAAGCAUUCUCAAAGAUGAGAAAAUUAAGACAUCUUAAAAUUAUUCCUCGAAUUAGUCAAAUUUAUGGCUCACCAACUAUAGAAUGGCAUGGAGAUCCUUUAAAAUCCAUGCCAACCUAUGAGUUGCGAUUCUUACACUGGUCUGGAUAUCAUUUGAAAACGUUGCCAAGCAGUUUCCAACCAAAAAAUCUCACUGUACUGCGCAUGACUUGCAGCCGCAUCAAACAACUAUGGAAGGGAUUGAUGGUUUUAGAAACUUUGAAGCACUUGAAUCUGAGUUAUUCUGAGAACUUGAUUGAGACACCUGAUUUGACGGGAGCCCCAAAUCUUGAGGAAAUAAUCCUUGGAGGUUGUAAAAGCUUGUAUAAAGUCCAUCCAUCCAUUGGAGUUCUCAAACGACUAAAAAUAAUGGUUUUAAGUCAUUGCGGAUGUCUUAGAAGACUUCCAGACCAGUUCUGCUUGGAAUCUCUUGAAUUUAUGAGUCUUACCGAACGUUCAAGACUUGAGAAGUUUCCAGAAUUUUUGGGAGAUAUGACAUCACUGAAGGGCUUGGUUUUUAGCGAGCCUAUCAAAACAAACUUACCAUCAUCAUUUAAGAGUUUCUCUGGCCUUCGCUAUUUAUAUUUAAAAGAUUGCAAAAACAUUUCAGUUUUUCCUAGUUUUAUAUAUAGUUUGUCAUAUCUUGAUCGUCUCUGUCUGGAUGGUUGGUCAAGACUAGAGAAAUUUCCAGACUUGAGUAGAUUGGAAUGCCUUAGCCAUUUUACGGCACUGGGAACUGCUAUAACGCAAAUACCAUCUGUUAAUCUAAUCCCCAAAAGCAUUCUCUCCUUAAGUCUCGAAGGACGCAAGUGGAUGCCACGUAAAUCAACAACAGAUUCGGCCAUCUUCUUUAAUGACUGCUCUUUGCCAAAACAAAGCUCAGAUGCCACCUAUGAUAUUGGAUCACUUGUAGAAUAUCAGAUGGAAGGAGUAUUUGAGGUAGAAACAAUGUACAUCGAUUUUGACAGCGAAAGAGAGAAUAUUUUAGACAUGGCAGGUGGAGGUCGUUUUAGGAAUUCAUUCUAUGCCGAUGCGAUAUAUGGGUGGUCGUUGGGAUCUGGAAUCCCGAAGUGGGUACACAAUAAAUGUAAUGGCUCCUCUGUAAAGAUAGAUUUGGAGGGAAAUAUGAAGCUGGGUAUGGGGUGUGCUAUCUUUAUUGUUUGUGAUUAUCAUCAAUUCCAUUCCCCUCAAGACGAGCCAAUUGGAUUCUGGGCAUAUAUACCAGCUCCGCCAUUUUUGGAACGCUGGAAAUCGAAUAAUUUGGAUAAACAGAGCUUCAUUAAGAUGUCAAUUACAGCAGAAAUGGAUUAUUGCCUUUAUCGUAGACCAAUACAAGUAGAAGUGAAAGAAUGCGGGAUGCAUUUAGUAUGUCCGGAUGAUGAUAAUUCACAGUCCUAUAAUAGCAUCGCUCCUCAUCUUGGUUUGGGAUCUUCAAAUUUAGAUUUCUAUCGUGGAUUUUAUUUUUCUUUGACGACGACGAAGUGAUCAUAAAAUCUUAGAUUGAUUAAAGGAAUCAUGCAUGCAGUCGAUCGACCACCCAAGCUGCUUUUCUUCUUUGUCAUGUUUCUGAACCGUAAGAAAAUAUGGAUUCCUUCCAUACUAUAACAUUGAGUUCACCCCGUGUUUCUCUAGCAAUCAAAACGGAGUGUAAGGGGCCGUGUGAGAUGGGAUACGGCUAAUUUGGAGGAUAUUGAAGCAAAUAAGCCUGUGAGACAGAAAAUCACUGAACCCAAGACACCAUAUCACCCCACGAUUGAUGAUGAUGGUGCACAGUUUUUUAUGAGCAUCGUUGAAUGAGAUUCCUUGUGUAGGUUCAUAGGGGGAACUAGAGAAUUUUUACUGAUGCAAGGAUAGAUGAAUUACUACACCACGGACUAGUAGUGUUUGUCUACUGUGUUGGUGGUACAAUUUGUUAUGGAGAAUCUCUUCUAUUUGUUUGUAUUUGCAAGUGGAAGAGCCCUAUUGUUCUGAUGCACACCUCUAGAAAUUCUUGUUAGAUAUAAAGUUGUGUAAAAUCUAAGGGCAUAGUAGCUUGCAGGGUGGGGUUGGGGGUCUACUAUGAUCAAAAUGAG